UAAUUUAGUAUGUGAUCCAACUUUAAGCCGAUUGGUUAUAUACACGAGCGACGGUUUCUUUGUCGAUUUUCUUCUUCUCAUUUUUCAGUUGAAAUAAAACAUUUUCUUUCAUUAAGUAACAAAAUUUCAUCCGCUUAAGACACCAGACCUGCGGCUGUUCACACGAACGGUGUGUAACAUCUAAUUUAUACUCAUAGUUUUUGUGCGGGAUGUAAAAUGUAGAAUUUGUUUACAAUACAACAUCAUGAUAUGAUUACCAAACACAACAAGAUUACGGUGUACAUAGUGGAAAGUCAAUUUAAGUUGCAAUAUUAACCGAAAUUCUGUGUGCGUUUGUUUAUGGUGCAACCGACUGUUUAAGUGAAAAACCAUAUGCCUUAUGAAGGCAUCGAGAUUUAAUUGGAAAUGCAACGUUAAUGAAAACAAUCAAACUGCGUACGCUGUUAAUACAUACAUAAACAAAUCGUUCGUGUGUAGUGGAGAAAGGUUAACAAACUCUGCAUUCGAAAAAUGCCACCAACAGCCACAGGGAUGGCUCAGGUGUCCACGAAAAUGUUGAAUUCACCGUUGAAUAGCUCGUUACCAAAAGUGGCUUACAGCCGAGACAAUGGCUACAGGACCGUGACGCAGCCGAAUAAGAACACAAUUAAUAUGGUACGCAGACAGCAACCGCUACCGUGGUAUUAUCAACUUCCAUUGGAACACAACACAGAUUCUGAUUCAAAUUGGCAGGAUCUCAAUUUGCUUCCAACGAUUUGGAGUCCAUUUCCUACUGCACAACUAUGUUCCUACAAUCAAGCUAUCGAUGCACCGCUCUCGGAUCCAUUAUCGGAUUUUUGCGAUCAAUUCAACGAUCUUCGAAUAUUUCGUAAUGAAAAGGCUGCCAAGUCACCGCCAUUGAAUUAUAUGUGCCACCUUUGUUUUAAAAAAGGUCACUACAUACGUGAUUGUCCGCAGGCACGUCCGAAAGGAGAAGGCAAAACACCAUAUCAGGGCAAGAAACGAUGUUUCGGCGAAUAUAAAUGCCCGAAAUGUAAACGCAAAUGGAUGUCUGGUAAUUCUUGGGCUAAUAUGGGUCAGGAGUGCAUUAAAUGCCAUAUUAAUGUGUAUCCGAAUAAGCAGCGUCCGCUUGAAAAACCUGAUGGCUUAGACGUGUCGGAUCAAUCGAAAGUCCAUCCCCAACAUUUGUGUGAAAAAUGCAAGGAUCUGGGAUAUUACUGUCGUCGUGUUCAAUGAAUCUUUUGCGGACGGCUUUAUCAUGGGUUUAUCGACAAAGACGACGAAAAUUAACGACGAACUCUACCUAACGUCGUCUUUGGCUCGUAUGGAACAAACUCUAAAAAUGGUUUGAUUAAAUGAGUCUGACUACACUGUCCUAUGAUAUGUUUACCGUGUGGGAAAGGUUAAAAUUUGAAUUUCUUUUAUUGUCCUGCUAUAAAUGCAAUGUUUUUACUUUUUAAAUUAAAAGCUCUCUGCUGUCGGUCUUUGAUUUGUAUAUAGUCUUUUGUCAAUUCCAUAAAAUGUUUUCGGUAAAUUUGUAAAACUUAAUUAUUUUUUAAAAUAAAUUAUUUCGACAAUU